AUGUCAUUCUUUCCGUCUUUUUUAUAUAAGUUGUUUGUUUCAAUUAUUCCUUCUUUCUUUGUCGCGUUUGUUCUUUGCUAUUCAAUCUUAUUUUCUUUCUUUCUUUCUCUAUUUCAUUCUUUCUUUCUUUCUUUUUUCUUUCUUUCUUUCUUACCAACUCUUUCUUUUUUUUUCUUUAAUCACCUCCUUCCAAUCUACGGAAUUAUUCUAAAUUUUCAUUCCCUGUUUCUUUCCUUUGAUUUCUUCUUUAUAAAAUUCUUCAUGUUUUUCUUCCAUUUUUCUGAAUUCUUUGUUUUUCCUUUCUUUCUUUCUUUCUUUCUUUCUUUCUUUCUUUCUUUCUUUCUUGCCAACUCUUUCUUUCAAUUUUUCUUCCAUUUUCUUUUUUUAUUAUUAUUAUUAUUAUUAUUAUUAUUAUUUUGGGGUUGUGUGCUAAGUGGGGGACUUUCUCCCUUCUUUUUUUCUCUCUCUCUCCUACUUUUUCUUCACAACCUUGCGCUAUCUUCAACCGACAGUCUGCCGCCAGAGUUGAGUUCCACUGAAUGCACACGCCGUGCGCUAGAGAGUCUUAGGCUUAUUACGUCUUCAUUAUCAUUCCGCACAUGCAUACAGUCCGUGACACUACACAUAAGGCUGACCGCGUCUUCAUUCUCGGCGCAUUCUUCCGCGCUCUCAAACCGUCCACGUGCAACGCGGGGACUCCAUUUUGUUGCAAUUUUAUUUAUUUUUGUUUUUAUCCUUUCUUCUUUCUUCCCCGCUUUUUUUUUUUUUUUUUGCUUAUUAACUGGCAAAAUAUCUUCUUUCUCUUUGUUUCUCAUUCAUUUCAGGAACAUUCUUUUUGACGAUUAA